GAUAAACCGCUUGAUCCUCCCCUGACGCCGCCCGCUCUAUAGAUAACACAACAGUUUCCGGUGUAUACGUGCACUUUAUUAAUAAUGUAUAGAAAUCUAGAUCUACAUUUACUUAUAUAAUAUCUUUAAUAAUCUGGAGUACUAAAAGUGAAGAAAUGGCUGAAAGUGCAUGUGAAGACGACCUGAAAUUCUCGCUUUUAGUUGAAGGUGUAGUUAUAAAGGCACAGACUGAGACAACAAAUGAGAAGUCAGAAAUAAUUCGUGAUGUCAUAAGGUUUCAUAUUAACACCUGGCUCGAUCAGGUAGAACAAUUUGACGCUGCAUAUAAAGUAUCAGAAUUGAUUCCAGUUGGAAGUUAUGCCGAGGGAACUAAAAUAAUAAGAGCAGACGAAUUUGACUAUUUGGCUGUCAUUGAAGCAUUGUCAAAACCAGAUGUGAUAAAGGUAGAUGCAAGUGAAAGCGAAAUUAAUCACGGCUUGGUAAAAGUCGUAUUAGCAGACGAAGAAUUAAAGUUAAAAUGGAGCAAACUUUGUAAAGACGGUCACCUGAAAUGUUUUCAACCCAUUAACUUCCCAGUAAUGGGUGAAAAUAGAUUUGGACAUGUUGUUAUCGAAACUUUAUGGAAAUUUGUCAAAAACUCGACGCGUAUAGGACCGACAGCUGGGUCACCAACUGACAUAGAUUGCAAAAUUCUCUUACCAGCAGUGAAUGGUGUGUCUUUAUAUUUCACAGGUGCUCUUUUUAGAGCACCUAAUGUUAUUCUAAACUUUGAAUACGAGAACAGAGAUGUAUCGGUUGAUGUUUCACCAGCAAUAAGAUAUCAUAAAAUCCACGACUGUUUCAAAGUUGAGGACUGCGCUGGUCCAGAGUUUGCUGAACUUGUUCUUCAACGAAAAUCUCUAUUGCUUGUCGGAACUGAAAGAGAAUCUUAUUUCAAAGUGACUGUGACAGAAGCAGAGGUUGAAUACAUAUUGACUGUCAUGAAACCCGAGCACAAGAUCAUAUAUGUUUUUCUCAAGUAUAUUUUAAAAUUAUACGAGAGAGUACUUAUGGACACAUUUACCUCAUAUAUGAUGAAAACUGUUUGUUUUCACCAUGACAUUAAAUGUCAACAGAAUAAUAGAUCUAUAAAGGAUUGUUUUAAAUCUGUUAUAAAUGAUCUAAAUUUUUGCACGGCGCAACAAUUUGUUGUGAGUAUAGUGAAUAAACAUAUUAACCUAAAUUAUCAAAAAACUUACAUAGAAACAAAAUUAAAUGAAGACAGACAGUGCUUACUUCAAGGCAUGACUGCCAUGUGUCAGGUACCUGCAGAAAUUGAAACAAUUGAAGACUUUGAUAGAUUUAUGAAGCAGAUUGUUGACAUUGAGAGUCAGAAAAGAUAUAAAGCUGAAGUGGAAAGAGAAGAAAUGGAUAGGGAAUGCCGUGAAAGUUUUAAAGCAGAACUUGAGGAAAGAGUUUCAGAUCUUGUUGCUAUGGGAUUCGAUCCUGAUGAAGUGAAGGAUGUUAUGGAAAAUACUUUGUAUGAUUCUGAACUAGCAAUUAGAAUUCUUCAGAAGCAUGCUAGGGAGCGCGAGAAGGAAAGGGUUAAAGAAAGCUGUUCUACAUCUGGCGGUAUUCCCAUUCAAGUCUCUGAAACACAUUCUAUCAAUGAAACUUGUUCUAAUGAUGGUGUGUCUGGAACACUUCCCGUGUCGACAAAUUCGUCUCAAGGUCGGAGUUCAGGUUCUGAAGAAUUCCUCCUUGCUGUUUACAAUACACAAAAUACUACUGUUACGCCUGAAACUUUGUACCAACAGAAAAAAGAUGGUGUGCCUAUGAAUAUGAUGUCAUAUUCACCGACAGAUGACAUAUUGACCGAGGUGAUAGCCGAGAUUGUACAUGACAUAAUUCUUUGGUCCCAGCACAGAACCUUGUGUGAGAGAGAGAGAGAGAGAGAGAGAGAGAGAGCGAGAGAGCGAGGGAGAGAGAGACAGACAGACAGACAGACAGACAGAGAGUGA